AUGAGCUCUCCGGCUGAAUUCCACGGGUGGCUGGGCCGCGACAACAAGGCCGCCGAAGGCAACAUGACCUGGUCGUCGUUCGAACCAAAGCCUUUCAACCCCAUCGAUGUUGACAUCAAGAUCUCGCACUGCGGCAUCUGUGGAUCUGACAUCCACACGUUGCGCUCCGGAUGGGGUAGCACACGUUAUCCGGUCUGCGUCGGGCACGAGAUUGUUGGAUCUGUUGUACGCGUCGGGGACCAGGUGAAACAUCUGAGGCUCGGGGACAGAGUCGGUGUGGGUGCCCAAGCAUUCUCCUGCUUCAAGUGCGAGGAUUGCAAGGCUGGGCUCGAACAGCACUGCGGCAAGAUGGUCGGCACAUACAACGGGAAGUACCCAGAUGGCAGCUUCAGCAUGGGCGGAUACGCCAAUUAUGCACGUGUACCAGCGCAUUUCACCAUCAAGAUUCCUGCUGGGCUGAGGAGCGAGGAUGCUGCGCCAAUGAUGUGUGGUGGUAUCACAGUGUACUCGCCCUUGAAGAAGAACGGCGCAGGUCCGGGUAAAAGAGUAGGAAUUGUCGGUCUCGGAGGUCUCGGUCAUUUCGGCGUCUUGUUUGCCAAAGCUUUGGGCUGUGAAAAGGUGGUAGCCAUCUCAAGACGGAGGAACAAGGAGAAGGAUGCGAGGGAGAUGGGCGCAACAGAUUACAUCGCAACGUCCGAGGACGAGAAGUGGGCUCGUAAACAUUCGCAGUCGCUCGAUCUCAUCAUAUCGACUGUGAGCUCCCCGGACAUGCCUUUGGAGUCGUACCUUCGGUUGCUUCGGACCAACGGCACGUUCAUUCAAGUUGGCGCACCAGAGGACAAGUUACCGAGGUUUGGUGCUUACAGCCUCAUCCAGAAAGGCGUGAAGAUUGGUGGCAGCAACAUUGGCAGCCCAAAGGACAUUGAGGAAAUGCUGCAAUUUGCUGCCGAAAAGGGCGUGAAGCCGUGGGUUGAGCAGCGCAAUAUGAAAGAUGCAAACAAGAGCGUGGUGGAUAUGGAGGAUGGGAAGGCGCGAUACAGAUAUGUGCUCGUCAACAUGGAGGAAGAGAAUCGUGCAAAACUUUGA